AUGGAUGGGGGCAAGCAGCUAAAGGCCACCCUUGUUUUCAGCCUGCCACUCGUUUUUCAGUUCUGUGCUGGGGACAAUGUCACCGAUUACUAUGACUCCAACAGCACCAUCGACUACAGCAUGUUCGAGUCCCUGUGUGAGAAGGAGGAGGUCCGAAACUUCCGUGCUGCCUUCCUCCCGGCCAUGUACAGCCUCAUCUGCUUCACUGGGCUGCUGGGGAACGGGCUGGUCAUGCUCACCUACAUCUACUUCAAGAGGCUGAAGACCAUGACAGACAUCUACUUGCUGAACCUGGCUAUGGCAGACAUCCUCUUCCUGCUGACCCUUCCCUUCUGGGCCGCGAGCGCGGCCACACACUGGCUUUUUGGGCCUGCUGCCUGCAAAGCUGUCUACUGCAUCUGCAAAAUGAGUUUCUUCAGUGGGAUGCUGCUCCUCCUGUCCAUCAGCAUUGACAGGUACUUUGCCAUCGUCCAGGCUGCCUCAGCCCAUCGCCUGCGGCCCCGGAUGAUCUUCAUCAGCAAGGUGACCUGCUUCAUCAUCUGGCUCCUGGCCUUCAUCCUCUCCAUCCCUGAGCUGGUUCACAGUGGUGUGAACGACUCAGAGAGCAGCCCCCGUUGUUCCAUCAUUGCUGAUGACUUGCAGACCUUCAACACUGGCAUCAAAGUGUCCCAAAUGGUGUUUGGCUUCUUAAUUCCCCUCCUGGUCAUGUCUUUCUGCUACCUCAUCAUCAUCAAAACGUUACUCCAGGCCCGCAACUUUGAGAAGAACAAAGCCAUCAAGGUCAUCAUCGCUGUGGUCAUCGUCUUUGUCGUCUUCCAGCUGCCUUACAACGGUGUCAUGCUGGCCAAGACCAUCUCAGCCUUCAACCAGACCAGCUCCUGUGAGGAGAGCAAGAAGCUGGACGUGGCAGAUGACGUGACCUACACCCUGGCCUGCUUCCGAUGCUGCCUCAACCCGUUCCUCUACGCCUUCAUCGGCGUCAAAUUCCGCACCGACCUCUUCAAGCUGCUGAAGGAGCUGGGCUGCCUGAGCCAGGAGCGCCUCCGGCAGCUCACCUCGUGCCGUGACAACAAGAGGAGCUCCUUCGCCAUGGACACAGAGACAACCACCACCUUCUCCCCGUGA